GUAACUGACUGCAUCCCAGGGAGUCGUCUGCACUCCCAUUUCAUCAUUUAUCUCAAAUAUUUCUGUCCUAUAUGUGUCAAAUUUUCUUAUCUAUUGACAAAAAAAAAGAAAAAACCUCAAGUCAUUCAGCACAGAAGCGACUCAUGAUGGCCCCAAAUCACUCAGGAUGAGCACAGAGAUCAUAAGAUGAGUAAAGUUUCCUCCCAAAAAAAACCUGGAUUUCCAAAAAAAAAAAAGAAAAGAGGAAUUUCACACUGAAAUACUUUCAAUUUCAAUUUUGUCUAACUGCAGGCAAAGGAAACGCCUGUUCCUCAUGCUCUCUUUGUAUAUGAUUUGGAGAAACUCAUUCUUGAACUUCUAGCUGAAUUACAUCAACAUAAAAUAUCAGUAAUAAAAUCAUUUCAGUUCCCAAAAUGAAUUCUUGAAUUGUGUUAUUCUGGAGGCUUACGUUGAAGAUUGUAUUGCAAAGUAAAACUAGACAGUUACGUCCUCUCAAAUCUACUUUUACCGUUUUUAUUCAUUUAUUUGCUGGUAUAUUUUUCUUUUCACUCAUUUAAUUUUUUUAUUUUAUUUGAAUUAAAAAAAAAAAAUUAAUAAGUAGUCUUUGAUUUGUUAUUUAUUACAUAAUUGACCCAAAAUGUUAAAUUAAUGAACAAAUCCAAAUCUGAUAUCAUGCCUGGAUCAAACUCAAUAUUUCGUCUUUAUUGGUUCCACAAUUUGGAUCCAAAUAAGUUGGGUGACUUAAUAAAAAACAAAAAAAUGACAGGCCUUUCAAUUUAAAUGUGAUUUUUGUGGAAACAUCCUGUCACUCAUAAUGAGACUAAUUCAGAUGAACAAAUGAUGGGAAAUCCCUCUACAAGUAGGUGCUAUAUAUACAUAUGACUAUAAGUGAACUAUAAAUCAUGAAUGGUGCUCACUUGAGGUCAAGACUGUAAGACAUUCACCAACUGAGCAAUGGACAUCAUGAUUGUUAUCGCCAUUUCCUCCUACAUGGCCACCGUUGCUCGCAGCGCACCUCUGCCGGAGGGGAGCGCACUUGUUGAGGAUCCGCAAUUCCAGGAGAUGGUACAGAGGAGCCGCGGCUUAGUAGAGAAGAUCCUGCUCUCCAUUCCCGACACGCACAAAUCCUGCAUUCACACAGAGACUCUACAACUAAAUUCCUCAGAAAAUGCAAUGUUUGUGUUAAUGGCAAAGAAGAUCGGCAUCCCCUCUGCUCCUGUACUCAGAGUUGUGUCAGAAAACGUCUCUCUGCAAACCAGUCUGACACAGAUGUCCGAGGGUCUUCAGCUGCACCGUGCCUUACUGAGCUCUGUCUCUGAACGGCUGGAAAACAAAAACAAAGUGACUGAUCUAAUGGCUGACAUCAGAGACCUCAUCAUUCAGAUCAAUAAGAUGCUGAAAAUGGUCCAGAAAGAGGCUGUGGUGCAGCCCACCCCAACCCCUAUGGCUUUACAUCUACUAGGGGAAUAUGACGUGCAGGUGGCAGCACACCUGACUCUGGUCCAGCUCCAGGCCUUCGGGCAGGACACAGUCCGCUGCCUCAGGAGUCUGGACCAGAGCAAUGAAGAGGAGACAGAAAGCUGACUAAAAGAUCCCAUACUCAUUUUAACUAUUUUUUUUUUUGUAUGUUUGUUUUUUAAAGUAUAUUUUUUGGGACUUUUUAUGCCUUUAUUUGAUAGUAUAGUAGAGAGAAACAGGAAACGGGGAGGCAGAGAGAAGGGUAAAUACAUGCAGUAAAGGGCCAUCCGCUCAUUUUAACUAAUUUUAACUAAUUUUGGCUUAUGUCCAAAACUUACCAUAUCCUGCCAUUUUUUAUCAUGGCAUUUAAUAUUUAUCACUUAAGACAUUAUUUAUUAUAUUUUCAUUUAUUUAUUUAUUUAUCUAUUAAAUUGGAAUAUUUAAUAUUUAUUUAGGGAAUUUAUUUUUGAUAACAAAGCUUUGUAUUCGUCAGUCUUCUUUUUGUUGACAGCUGAGGCAACUUCUGUUUUAACUCAGGCCUGCUGGCUUCUACUGAAAGUACUUUACCUGUUUACAUUACAUAAUAACUGAAAAUGAAAUUCUCAACUCUCAUACAAAAUCAAAAGUUAUUCAAUAGUCCAAAAACGAUAUUUACAAUUGCUUUACACAGCAGAGUUUAAUAACAGUAAUGUAUAAGAGAUCAGCAAGUUUAGAGACAUUUAUGAACUUUAUCAACUAUCAAAACUUAUUUUAGGGGAUUUUAUGAAGUGAUCAUAUUUUCUGUAAACAUUUUUAAAUGUAACUAAUUAUUUUUUGGAUGAAACUUAUUUUAAAAAUUGUUUUAUUUUCUGAUCUUUCAAUAAAAAAACAAACCUUGUGAAGAGGGAUUGUUCCUUAUUGUCAAUGACUAUCCUUACUGACACGAGGCACUGGGUCAUGCUGA